UAAUGUGAAGGAAAUAAACGGAUAUGUGAAAACGAAAAUGAUUGUCGGCGAAGAAAGCCCUGAACACAUUGCUGAUAUCAUUUACUCCGCUUUGGAUCAUAAUGGAAACGGCUGUGUUCCAGUCUCAAAGGUCUUGGAAUAUAUCCAGAAUGAAAUACCGAACUCGGAUAUUUCUAAUAGUCUUCCUCUGUGUGACCUAGAACAUAUGCUAACAGCACAGAAACGGAAGUAUAUUGAUAGAUUAGAACUUACUUCAGUGAUGAAACUGUGGACAGAGAAGAUUGAACAGGAUGCAAAAUCAGAGUUACAAAACCUAGAAACAUUGGAUGAAAGCAGCCCAAGUUCCCUUCUCAUAGAAGAGCUUCCGCUUUGCGAAUCUGGGCCACUUAAUAUGUCAACUCAUAGUUCUGACAGUCCUGAAAGGAUCACCAAAAGGGAGUAUAAUGAUAUGGUAGAUAAACUAGCAUCUUUGUCCCAAAUAAAACGUGGUCUUGAAGAAGAGAAUUUUUCACUGCAGUCACUCCUUAAAGAACACGAAGAAAACUAUAAUGCGGUAUUGGCAGAGAAUGAGCACCUUAAGAAGACUGUUACUGUCCAUGAAAAGAAGUUGGAGGGUUUCCAGACUUUACAGCAAGAGUAUGUGGAAACUAACUGUGCGUUCCAAGUGGCAGAAUCACAUAACAGGGACCUGAAGUUAAAGCUACAACAGUCUGAGAAGAUUUGUGCAAACCUUCAGCAAAAACUGGAUGAGACUGUGGAACAGGGGAGUUAUUCAUAUGAGUACAUAUGUUAG